AUGUGCUCUCCAGACCUUCAGACUGACACCCCUGAUCAUUGUUCUCUGCCUGAGGAUCUAAGAGUACUGGAAGUUUCCAACCACUGGUGGUACUCCAUGCUUAUCCAGCCUCCUUUGCUAAAAGACAGCGUGGCUGCACCGCUGCUCUCUGCCUACUACCCUGACUGUGUUGGCAUGAGCCCCUCCUGCACCAGCACAAACCGUGCCGCGGCCACCACCACCAGCAGUGCCAGCCCAGGGAAGAUGGAGCCCUCCAAGGCAGCCUCCUCUCCACUUGUUCUAGGCAUGAACCGCUACUUCCAGCCAUUCUACCAGCCCAAUGAGUGUGGCAAAGCUCUGUGUGUGAGGCCCGAUGUGAUGGAGCUGGAUGAGCUCUAUGAGUUUCCAGAGUAUUCUCGAGACCCCACCAUGUACCUAGCUUUGAGAAACCUCAUCCUCGCUCUGUGGUACACAAACUGCAAAGAAGCUCUCACUCCUCAGAAGUGCAUUCCCCACAUCAUCGUCCGAGGCCUUGUGCGCAUUCGAUGCGUCCAGGAAGUAGAGAGGAUUCUUUACUUCAUGACAAGAAAAGGCCUCAUCAACACAGGAGUUCUUACCGUGGGAGCCGGCCAGCAUCUUCUUCCUAAACACUACCACAAUAAAUCGGUUCUGGUUGUUGGGGCUGGUCCAGCAGGCUUAGCAGCUGCUAGGCAACUACAUAACUUUGGUAUGAAGGUGACUGUACUGGAAGCCAAAGGUCGAAUUGGAGGCCGAGUCUGGGAUGACAAGUCUUUUAAAGGUGUCGUGGUGGGAAGAGGACCCCAGAUUGUCAAUGGCUGUAUUAAUAACCCAGUAGCACUGAUGUGUGAGCAACUUGGCAUCAGCAUGCAUAAGUUGGGAGAAAGAUGUGACUUAAUUCAGGAAGGUGGACGGAUAACUGACCCCACUAUUGACAAGCGCAUGGAUUUUCAUUUUAAUGCUCUCUUGGAUGUUGUCUCUGAGUGGAGGAAGGAUAAGACUCUGCUCCAAGAUGUCCCUUUAGGAGAGAAGAUAGAGGAGAUCUACCAAGCUUUUGUGAAGGAAUCUGGCAUCCAGUUCAGUGAGCUGGAGGGACAGGUGCUGCAGUUCCACCUGAGCAACCUGGAGUACGCCUGUGGCAGCAGCCUACACCAGGUGUCUGCUCGCUCCUGGGACCACAAUGAAUUCUUUGCCCAGUUUGCUGGUGACCAUACUCUUCUAACUCCUGGAUACUCUACUAUCGUUGAAAAACUGGCUGAAGGACUCGACAUUCGCCUCAAAUCUCCAGUGCAAAGUAUAGAUUAUACUGGAGAUGAAGUGCAAGUUACCACGACAGACGGUAUAGGGUAUUCUGCACAAAAGGUACUGGUCACGGUGCCACUAGCCAUUCUACAGAGAGGUGCCAUCCAGUUUAAUCCUCCAUUGUCAGAGAAGAAGAUGAAGGCCAUCAAUAGCUUGGGUGCAGGCAUCAUUGAAAAGAUUGCCUUGCAGUUUCCAUAUAGAUUUUGGGACAGUAAAGUUCAAGGGGCUGACUUUUUUGGUCAUGUUCCUCCCAGUGCCAGCCAACGAGGGCUCUUUGCUGUAUACUAUGACAUGGACCCCCAGCAGCAGAGUGUACUGAUGUCCGUGAUCACAGGGGAGGCAGUAGCAUCCCUCAGGACCAUGGAUGACAAGCAGGUGUUGCAGCAGUGCAUGGGCAUCCUUCGGGAGCUGUUUAAGGAGCAGGAGGUCCCAGAUCCCACCAAGUAUUUUGUCACACGAUGGAGCACAGAGCCAUGGAUCCAGAUGGCAUAUAGUUUUGUCAAGACAUUUGGAAGUGGUGAGGCCUAUGACAUCAUUGCUGAAGAAAUACAAGGAUCUGUCUUUUUUGCUGGUGAGGCAACCAACAGACAUUUCCCACAAACUGUUACAGGGGCAUAUUUGAGUGGCGUUCGAGAAGCAAGCAAGAUUGCAGCCUUUUAAAUAGAACAUGUAUGGAUGGACCUACCUUUCUUCUGUGUCACAAAUAGAAAAGUUUGAAACACAAGUUAAACUUAAAAGAGAAGAGACUGUAUAGUAAGAUUGAAAUGUUUCUGUGGUGACAGGAAAAUGCAAACCCAUUUCACUCUUUUGAAAUCACUGACUUUCAAAAUCCUUCUAGGCACUUACACUGAUUUUAUCUUUCCAUAGGCCCAGUUAGUGCUAAGUCCUGUGGUUUUCAGAAGGCAGCACAGUAUAGCCUAAAAUUGAGACCUUAUGGAUCCCUUCAGACUGGACCAUUCCCAUUGGCAGAUUUCUUUUCCUAUAUUAUGAGUCACGUCAUCCAGCAGGAGUCACUAGAAAACUUAGAAAGCCAUGUGUUCUGUGACAAUUUUUCAGUCCCUUUACCAAUGAGCCUUAAUAUUUCUACACAGCUCCAAUAUUUGGGCUUUUCUUAAUUCUCAAUUCUUUUUUGAUACAAUUUGAAGGUAUGACAUUAAGCUAGGCUAUUUUAUACUACAUUUCUUUUCAUUGGGUAUUCAAAACUUAAUAUUUUGAUAUUUUAGGUCUGUGCACUCAUCAGCAACACAAGAGAGUAUGUAUGUUACAUUCUCAAUGGGUGCAGAAUGUUUUCACACUAUAAAACAAACCAUUUUUGGGUGGGCAGUAUACUUAAAAUUUGGCAAAUCUUGUCAGAAUAAUUUAAAAGCCCCUCUUAUUUUUAAAGUACUUUAUAGUUCUAAUAUUUUAUAUAGUUUACAGUAAGUUUCCCAUAGGCAGGUCCACUGGAAAACUGCAGAAAAACUUAAUUAUCUUGGUACAUAGCACAUACUUUAUAAGCCAUAUGUUAAAGUCUGAAUAUGGCAAAACUUUUCCAUUUAAAGUUUGCUUAAUAAACAUAGGUUUCAGGGUCUUUUAGAUGCCUAUUCUGCCAAGAGACUUCAGUUGACAAACUAGAAAUAUGCUUUUGUUUUAAAAAGUCAUUGAACAGUUCUUUGAUCUGCUUUUAAAAGGGGGCUACAAAGGACUUUAAAGCCACUUUUUGAAAUUAGGUAUUUCUGAAAUAUAAAAUUAGCUUGUUAACAGUGAAGUAAGCUCUAGACAGUCUAGAUAUAAACCCUCCCUGUCAAGGCAUGAUACAAGCCAAUGACUACAUAUUUAAAAGUUAAUCAUUCACUAUACUUAGAGGUUAUUUGUUGAGACUCAUUGGUACUGAUAAGGGAAGUAUUCUGCUUUAAAGUGUAAGUAAAAAUGUUUAGUGUGUGUGAAGUGAUAAAUGUUAAAAUUUCAGUCUAAGUUAUUUAGUUUCUAGGCACUUGAGCUUGUAUUAUGCCAUUUCGUAUAAAUGUGUAUUUAAAUUUUAGUUUUAAGUGACAUACUUAAUUUCAUAUGUUGUUCUACAGGAACUUUGGUACUUUUGAGUUGCUAUGUUUUUCAACCUCUUUAAGAUUUUUGUUAGAGAGCCGGGCGGUGGUGUUGCACACCUUUACUCACAGCACUCGAGAGACAGAGACAGGGGAAUCUCUGAGUUCAAAGGCAGCCUCUGGUCUACACAGUGAGUUCCAGGACAGCCAGGGCUAUACAGAGAAACCCUGUCAUAAAAAAUUAUUAUUAUUAAAAAAAAAUGUUACAGAGCAGAAGUAUACUUACAGUGAUUUAACUACACAUCAUGAGUGAUUGGUUAUGUAAAACUGCUUAAGAACUUUUGCAAAUACCCUUAAUAAAAGGUUUUAGCAUCACUGUCAA